UUAUAAAAAUAUCAAUUAUAGCUGCUUUAAGCACAUGUAGUAGAAAAAGUACAAUAUGGCCAUUUUAAAUGUAGUGAAGUACCUCAACACUGUAUUAAAAUACAAAACUUACUUUUCACCACUACUAAGACAAAACAAUUAUUUAUUGUCAGGAUUUGGCUCCUGUUUUCGCUCCUGUUUUUGCAUUUUUAGGAUAACAUUGGAAAAAAACUCUCAUUUCCUUCCUGUCUUUAACUUUGGCAUUGUCCAGAUGGGUGUUGCUUCCUGAGUAUGAAGCCACAGGCUCUAAAUUCUCUAACUUUAGCCAGCCAACAUCAGAAGAAGAUCUACGGCACAAUGACUGUGUUUGUGCCAGUGAAAAUCAUGACAAUAAUUAUUUUGAUUUCAUUUAUUUUUUCAUUGUCUAUUAAGACAGGGUUUUGCCUAAAGCAGACUGGCACCUGUAGGCAUUUUUGUACUGAGAGUUACUGCAUAACUUUAAACCAAGACAGAGUGGAUUUUAAAACAGCCAAGGAUACAUGCCAUGAGAGGAAUGGAGAGCUAGUGACAUUUCAGUUAGAGACAGAUGAGAGCUUCUUUGACAUUUGGAAUCUAGCAUUACAUGGAAACUUCUGGAUUGGACUUCAUUUACCUGAUGGUGCCUGCAGCAACGUUUCAACUCCACUGAGAGGCUAUCAGUGGACCUCUGGAAGUAAUCAGAGUUUUGUUCCAUCCUUCAGCACCUGGAAGGACAGCGUUCAAUAUUGCUCUCCACGCUGUGUGUCACUUUCAAACGAUCAAAAGUGGACAGAGAGGCUGUGCUCGGACAAAACUGAUGGGUUUCUGUGCAAAUCAAAGCUCAAAGAACCAUGCCAGGCAAAAUCUGAUCCAAAUGUUUUCCAAAGCUAUGAAGGCUGUUCAACUGCUCCCUGUGAGCAUACAUGCACAGAUGUAGAAGGAGGUUUUAAAUGCUCUUGUUACAGUGGAUAUAUCUCAGACAGCAAGAACCCUGUGCUCUGCAAACUGUACUGUGCACAUCAGAAAUGCCCUGCAGUAUGUGACAGAAACACUGGCGAGUCAUGCUCCUGUCCUGAUGGAUUUAUAGUUAAUGACAAAAUGUGUGAAGACAUUGAUGAAUGUUUGAGCGAUCAAUGUGCUCAAGAGUGUAAAAAUACUCUUGGAAGUUUUGUGUGCUCCUGCAGUGAAGGAUUUGUACUUAAAGAUCAAGACAAAUGCAUCAAAGUCUCAACUCCUAUCGGCAUAGGCCUUGUUAAACCAGCCGCCAAUAAUGAUACACUGAAGGCUUCCUCUGCUCCUGCUAGUGGUUUUCUCUGGAUAUGGAUUUUCGCUGCCAUAGCCGUGGUAGUGUUUAUACUUGUGAUAAGGUUUUAUGUUGUUAAGCGUCAGAAAGGCAGAGAACAAAACUCCAGUCAACAGUCUUCUGCUCCUGUGGACAAGAUUGAGUGUUAAAUUCAGUCCAAAAAUGGUCCCAUUGGUCCCUAUGGCAUUUACUGUUUGGGAGAGUAGUGAAGACUACUUGUCAGGUGGCUGCAGUAGGUAACUUCUCACAAUAAACAUUAUAAAAUACUGAAAAUUGAUGAAUAUAUAUAUAGAUUUGAAAUGCACAGGGCUAUUUAUAAUAGUUGUUGCAUAUAAAAAUAAGCAGUAUUAUUGCAUCAUUAACAUAUAAGAAAUAUUUGAAUGCAGGAGUCCCAGAUGGAGCUGAAAGUUCAUUUUAAAAUACUACUUGAUAGUUGAUAAAUCUUAACUAUUCUCAUUUUAUGAGCUUAGCAUGUGUUUCAUAUGUAAAUGUAAAAGCAAAGAGUAAAACAGAGCUGAGUCUGACUAAAUGGAAAUCCUGACAGAAAGUGCAAGCUCUUUAAAUUGUUACUUCCAUGCAUUACCUGAAUAAAUGUAUUAUGUUAUGUAUGUAACACUGACUUUUUCUUUGUAAACAUUAAUGUUUGUGCAUGUGCAUUUAAUUGUUUGUAAAACUAUGAGUGAAGUGAAGGAUGAUUACAUUUUAUGGGCCUUUAUGUAACGUGUCAUGAAAUAAAAUCUGAAU